UAAAAGUGGACCAAAGGUCCGUGUGGUCUGUCACAUUGGACGUGGUAAAAUGUAAAUAGCGCAACGACAGACGCAGCUGCCCGUGAAUAAAAAAAACAGCCUUCGCUUGUGUAAAGAUAUUCAACGACAACCCGAGUCAAGAAUGGCAGGAGUGUUUGACAUAGACUUGGAGACAGAAGACGUCAGUGAAACAGAGGAAGAUGUCUGUGACUUCACUGUGACAGAGCCAGAGAAUGUCCAGACGGAGGAGGUGGAGCUGACCAGUGAGAGUGUCAACAGAGACAGUGAGAGGGUUGGCCCAGAUUGUUUUGAGCUUCUCACAGUGUUGGGCAAAGGAGCCUAUGGCAAAGUUUUCCAGGUGAGAAAAGUUCAAGGAGCACAGAUUGGAAAGAUCUUUGCCAUGAAAGUUCUGAAAAAGGCCAAGAUUGUUUGUAACGCUAAAGACACGGCUCACACUCGAGCCGAGCGGGAGAUCCUGGAGACGGUGAGACACCCGUUCAUCGUGGAUCUUCUCUACGCCUUCCAGACGGGGGGGAAACUCUACCUCAUCCUGGAAUGUCUCAGUGGGGGGGAGCUGUUUAUGCAGCUGGAGAAAGAAGGCAUCUUCAUGGAGGACACUGCUUGCUUUUAUCUAGGGGAGAUCACUCUGGCCCUGGGUCACCUUCACUCUAACGGGAUUAUUUACAGAGAUCUCAAACCUGAAAACAUCAUGCUGAAUCACGAAGGACACAUCAAACUGACAGACUUUGGCCUGUGUAAGGAAUCCAUCCACGAUGGCUCCGUCACACAUACUUUCUGUGGAACCAUUGAGUACAUGGCUCCAGAGAUUCUGACCAGGUUGGGACAUAACAGAGCAGUGGACUGGUGGAGCCUGGGGACCCUGAUGUACGACAUGAUGACUGGAUCGCCUCCGUUCACUGCUGAAAACAGGAAGAAAACCAUCGACAAGAUCUUAAAGUGUAAACUCAAUCUGCCUCCAUACCUGACCAUUGAUGCCAGAGACCUGAUCAAAAAGCUUCUGAAGAAGAAUCCAGCACAGAGACUUGGCUCCAGUAAAGCAGACUGUGCUGACAUUCAGAAACAUCCCUUCUUCAAGCACAUCAACUGGGACGACCUGCUGAACAAGAGGGUGGAACCUCCCUACAGGCCACAGCUGCAGUCGGACGAGGACGUGAGUCAGUUUGACACCAGGUUCACCAGACAGACGCCGGUGGACAGUCCAGACGACACCACACUGGGCCACAGUGCAGAGCUGGCCUUCGCCGGUUUCACCUACGUGGCUCCAUCGGUCCUGGAGAGUCUAAAGGAGGGAUUUUCCUUUGAGCCCAGAACUCGACCCAUACGCAGACACAAUAGCAGCCCCCGCACACCCAUAAGUCCCCUGAAGUUUUCUUCUGCUGGACCGUUCAAAAUCUCCAUGGAUCGAGAACCAGACGUCUUCUCUCCCACCUCUCCCCCGCCAGCACCUGUUUCUGCACUGUUGGACAACGGCACCGCCAGUCGGCCAAUCAGGACGCCUGCGAGGAACAAGAAGCAGAAGGGACAUUGUAGAUGAUCUGGACCUGUCUCUGCUGCAGGAACACGGUCAGAUCAGUGUCUCAGAGACCUGAAGGUUUCUCUUUGUUCUGCUUCUGGAAGGGCUUUUAUUUCGAGGUGUUUGAGCAGUUGGUGAACGAGUCACUGUGUGUGGCUCCCUUUGUAUUUCUUCUUCUUUAGGCUGAUGUCACUGAAUCAUCACUGAGUGUUCAUGCUUUAAAACCAGGCUGCAUCUGUACCUCCUUACUUGUUUCUGAAUAUAGGUCUUGACCCCAGUGCUGCCUAUGAACCGUCUUUGACCUCUGUGCAGGCCUGUGUCGGGUCAUUCAUCAGUUCUGGCCUUUCCUGGCAGACAGAACUUGAAGACCAUGUUUGUCCAGACGGUAGACAGUUGAAUGUACAACUGAGGCCUCACACAAAUCCACUGACUCCUUCAGUAAACCAGAACACGUGUUUGGUCCAGACCACACACCGAGUUUAACUGCACCGGUUGGUCAAAGCUCCAAGGUUGAACCAGCUGUAAACCCACUGGUCUGAUCAGAGUGUGGACUUUGGUGGAGGAGAGUCCACACUGGACAGUCUUCUUUAGAACAGCUGAGUAAUAUGGUUCAUUCCAUAUUUACUCCACAUCAAAGUGUUAUUAUUGGAAAAAAAGCUGACUUUAGCUGUCGACCUUUAGCUUAGUGUCAAAGCGAUAGGUAUAGAGCUCAGGGACCAACCAACUUUUAACCUUGAGCUGAGCGUCAAAGCGAUGUCCUUUGCACGGCCUUUAAAAUACUUAGAUAAAGGAGUGAAGCUUGAAUGUUUCUGUUUUUAAUUUAUCCUCAUAUUUAAUCAUGGCUGCCAUGUGGAUGCUAAUGUUCUGCCUGAGAGUUCUUCUCAUUUCACUUCACUCACUGUUUUUUCCUACCUCCAUAAACUCUCGUGUGGAGCAGACAAAUCAUAAUUUGACCAGUUCUCCAACUUCUCUGAAACACAACACAACACACUGGAAGUGGUGUAUAUAUAUAUAAAGAGUAUUUUUCACAUGUAUUUAUUUUUACAAAUGAAACUUACUUUGAAACACGAAUGUUUGAUCGGUGCUCAGAGUGAGUUCUUACUCUGCACCAUGGGACUGAAGACUGCAGUGCUGAACCCGUGCACCGCACUGCACCUCAGUGAAAGACAGAGUUCAACUGAAUCACAGCAACAGUGACAACAACACGUGAAAAAGAACGGCUGGGAGACCAGAGGUGUGAGGCUGAGUGUCGACCAGAGUUAGGGUUCUAACACUGUUCCUGUGACCAUUUGUCAUUAUAUAAAUAAACAUCGUAUUAUUUAUCAUUACAUGAUUUAUCAUCAAACAUCUCAUGUCAACUGUCAAGUGAGUGCGCAGCCCCUAGUGGCCACCUUGAGCAGUUUAUGGCCGAUUUGCUUGAGUAAGGCCGCAUUUCUACAAAAUAUGCCCGAGGGAAUCGCCCAGAAUUCAUAGCGUGCAGCUAACUUUUAAGAGCCAGCUGUGAGGAUGGAGAGAAGCAACAUAAAACCAGAUGCUGCUUCUUCUGUCAUAAAUUUGUUUUUUAAAAAGGCAAUAAAAUAAGAGGAAAAUAAAGAAGGAAUACAAGGAUUGCAAUUUUUCAAACAUCAAAUUAUUAUCAUGAGAGAAAAUUAAAGACAGAGCCCAGGGUUCUCUUUCUAAUUUACAGGAAUAAGACCCCCUGAGAACAAACGACUAAAUAACGAAAUCACAACUGAAGCAACGAAGGAACACUGGUGAUGUCAUGAGGGGGCGGUGUUCAUGCCUAAAUAGGAACUGUGUAGGAUCUGGAACUGUUUUAAAGUAUCUGAAUGGUUCGUCCUUAUAAUGGAGGUCUUAGAUUCACACUAACAAACACGUGAAUGUUGGAUUUACAGCUCUGUCGUUGAACCCACUGGACUUUCUAAGGUUAGCGUUGGCCUUUAAAAUCCAGAGACUACAACAAGUUCAAUUCCAAAAAUAGAUGAAAUAAAUGGUAACAUAAGGAGGUUCUCAACCACUGGGCCCCCAGUUGAGCACCAGGCUGUAGGUUAUUAGAUAUCGGGUCGCAAAGGGAAAAAAAAUUGCAUUGAAUCUCAGUAUGAACAGUGUUUAAUUUUGAUUGAAUUGUUUAUCUUCAUCAUGUGUGCCAGUGGAGAAUAAAAACAAUCAGUGUUUCUUCUGGGUGUAAAUCAUUCUUUAAAGUUUGAACAAAUAAAAUGACCUGAAAACUC